CUCCAAUCCAAACUGCGCUUCAAACCUUGUGAUUUUGUAUUUCAUGCUCCUUGUAACUGCAACAUCUUCAACAUUACCUCUCCAAAAACUGUUCUAUUCGAUCAUUCUCGACAGAUAUCUUCUCUUUCUCUCUACUGACGGAUCUCAGUUCACAAAGUGCAUUUCCAAGGCCUGCUGAUCUCUCUCGCUCGCGCCCGCCACCAUCCUCCUUCCCUCCUCCCUCUCCGCCGGCCGUCUCGAACAAUCCCUCGCCUCUCCGCCCUUGCUUUCGUCUCCGUGAAACAUUCCUUCUGUUGUCGUUGACGGGGUGCGACACUGACCGACCUUCUUGCCACCUGACCUGAUCUGCUCAUGGAAAACGCAAAUUUGUGGACCAGACGUUCUAACACUGGCAAACUAUCGUUGUCUAUGAGAGAUCAGGAGGGUAAGGAUGUCAGCAAGAUAGAUUCCCCUCGCUCCUACACCAGCAGACGUUUCGGCGACACAUCGUCCCACGGAAAAUCAAAUCCCUUCAACGCUCUUUCACCUUCCGCUACCAAAACCCCUUCGGCAAGCGCAUCUUCGGCUUUCGGACUGGGUAGCGGGGCCUUCGCUGCCUUUGGUUCAGCAAAAACGCCCAAGACCCCUGGUGCUGGGUCGGCCUUCGAUUUCUCAUCACGUGAGAAAGGCGAGAAGAAAGAUAGGGAUCCAGAUACACCAGGAGAGUCCUCAGAAGCAGAGCCGCUGCAAGAUUCUCCGGAGUCGCCCAAGACAUCCUCGGAGCAUCCACUGCGAAGCACCUGGAACCUCUUCUAUCGCCCCCCUGCUAACAAGUUCUCCGACUACGAGAAGUCUACCCUCAAAUUAGCGUCCAUCAGCUCCGUGGAGAAUUUCUGGACAAUAUACUCUCAUCUGAAGCGGCCGUCCCUGCUACCUACGGUCUCCGACUACCAUAUCUUCAAGGACGGCAUACGUCCGGUUUGGGAAGACGAAGCGAACAAAAAAGGCGGCAAAUGGAUUGUGAGAUUAAAGAAAGGCGUCGCGGACCGCUAUUGGGAGGAUCUGCUAUUGGCAAUCAUCGGUGAUCAAUUUCUCGAGGCAGGAGAGGAGGUCUGUGGCGCAGUGCUCAGCGUCAGGAGUGGCGAGGAUGUCCUGAGUGUUUGGACCAAGAUUGAUGGUGGCCGGAACAUCAAGAUUAGGGAGACCAUCAAGCGAAUACUUGCCUUUCCCCCGGACACCAACAUAGUGUGGAAGAGCCAUGACGACAGCAUUGCACAGCGGUCAGCACUGGAUGAAGCCAGGCAGCAGAAGGCCGGUGGCGCUCCGGGGCACCCUGGAGCAGAGAGACGACGUCCAACCCUACAUGAAGACUCGGAAAAGAGCAAGGGCAAAGGGAUAUCAUGAUCUUGCACGGAGAUGGAAUGGGAUGACUCUAUCCCUCUUGUAGCAUUAUAGCAUUGAUUACUGGCUUUGAAUCCCUGGAUAGCAUGGCUAGAUUCUCCUAUGGAAUUCCAACUCCGGGUUGGUGCAUCAAGCAAGCCUUUUUU